GUAUUUUACAUCGAGCUUUAAUCUAUCCUGGAUCCCGAAGUCAUUUUGCAUUGUUUAUAUUCCAAGAACGGUUUCAAUAUUUUUGUUUCCACUAUUUUCUACUACACAAAUCCAUCUUUUACGAGUGUCACCAUAACCCACAGUUGUAGCUUGGCAGAGCAGACGAAGCAGCGCCGUUGCAAUACACUCACUACUCGGCCGAGCGCUCUCACACCGUAUACAAAAAGUUGACUCAUGUUUUGGUCGGCUGUCAUUUGUGAAGUAGCGCUCGGUCGUCGUGGACGCUUGUAUCUACUAGAUACUUGUACAUUCGGUGUUCUUUUUAGAGAAGUUUCAACUUGAAUAUAUUUUCAAAGUUUUCGCAAAUAAAGGAGCACAUAUUCUGUGAAUUUUUGCAAUCGAUAUUGUGAGCAAACAAAAAGUACAACUUCCUGCAACGUCGAAGAGUCGUUCGAAAAGAAAGUAUAAAAACAAAUUGAAAACAAUAACGAAUGGAAACUUGAAGUUAAUUGUCAAAAGUUUCCCAUACAAUUUAUUUAGUAAUCAUUUCGUAAUCCGCACAAAGUUGUUUCUACAACCAAAACCAGUGUGUGAGCGCGUCAGCAUUAAAAUCGAAAAGCGUCAAAAGCUACAUCAAAAAUUGAAAAGCAAAACAAAAGUACAGGAGCACCAAUCUCGCCUGUGGUCAGCUGGUUCCGAAAUAUAUGUACGUGCAAAUAAUUCAAAAGUAUCUAAGCGAAACCCAAAAAGUAAAGUGUAUAAAAAGCACAAGGAAAGGUUUUAUAAAACUCAUAAAAAUAUUGAAAAUUACGAAAAUUGUGUUAUAUUUGAAAUUAAAAAUUCUCGCUUUACGAACCAUAGUUCGUAUAUUAAUUCGGUUACCAAUUGCUUAAAAUCGGUAGUUCGUCCCAAUAAUAACAGUUAACAUUUUGUUUGAUUUCGAUCAAAAUUGGCUUAGGAGGCCCCAGUGAAAGUGUCAAGUGAAUCGAAUUGGAUUUUGUAGUCUGACACACAACGUUAACGAAAGCGCUGCAAAGCGACAGCAAAAUAAUUAAAUCAAAAACAAAUGGUGGCGUGAUCUUUAUUAAGUUCUGUCGAAAACGAAUUCCAAGCAAAUAGCCAAAAUAACUCAGGCAAAGCCUUUCGCAGUGUGAAAAGUUAAUAAAACAUACAAAAAAAUCAAACAUAAAGAGACGAUUGCAGCAUCAAAAACGCCUGAUUUUUACCCCUACGAGUGCAGCUUUUUUACAAUUUCAAACUAAAACAACAAUAAAUACAACACAAUGAGCGGGUACAGAGAGAUGUCCAAACUGGAGAACAGUCGAAACUGCCUUCGUCGCAUUGCGCGCCACGAUGAGCCCCAAUUCUCCAAGGAUAGUAUCGUCAAUGUUAUGGAGAGGUUCGUGAAAACCGUUAAAGUGAUGGAUGACACUAUACUGGUGCCAUGCUUGCUAAUGGAUCGACAGGUCGGCGAUAGCACGGAUAUUAUACCAGCACCUGGCAAGAAUUCCACCGCCAAUCAGCACACUAUCCAACAUUCGGCCGCACAUGGCAAACGCAGCGGUGCACACUCCAAGAAUGUGCACGAAUUCCUGAGCUCGUCGGAGCUCUUCAAUCUUUACAACAUGUUGAAUGCGCUCAAGACUGAUCUGCUCUGGACCGGCAAGGACGAUUCCGAAGACGAUGAACAUGUCUUGAGCGAUGAGCAACGCACCACCGAUGUUGACAAUCUGUUGUAUUCGCGUUACGACACCAAAACAUCGGAUGCGGUUAGUGUGACCAGUAGUACAGAGGCCGUUAGCGCAAUCAGCAGAAGCGCCACCGCUACAAAUAUGAACGCCACUGCAACAGCUAUAGCACCAACCGCAACCGCCGUCAGCACCAAAGGACACAAUCGUUGUCCCUCCACCGCCUCGGUGGCUUCGAUUGUUUCCACCACAUCGGCAGGCAACCUAAGCGAUUCGGAAAGUGAAAUUUCAAAUGAAAACGAUUCGGGCAUGGAGUCGGAAGGCCACAAGAGUGACAAUCAACCAAGCAGCACUGAGUCCGUAAGCGGCAGUGACGAUACCGAUUCACGUGCCGCAGCUGUCGCCAGCUCAACCGCCAAUGCCGAUAAAGCCACCGAAUUGGCGAAACGUUGUCGGCGACAUUUGAACGGUCUCUACCAGUGCCUUGAACAAAUGACAGAGGCGGCACAUUAUCUGACCGUCAGAUACCAAAGUGAUAUUGGGCCCGUUUAGAGAUCAACUGCUGUGGAGCUGUGAGCAUAAAAUGCAUAGACUGGGGUGUGCAAGCGAUCCCGUAGGGGUUGUGCGCAAGCUGAACAAGUGCAUUCGAGUGGGGUACUGUGUUAGGGGGGUAGUUAGUCUCUUUCUUGGGGGGUCGGGGUCUCAUAUGUGGGUUUUUAUGUAAUAAUUUAAUAAUUUCUGUGUCUUUUUACGGUUUUAGAGUUAGGCGAUUGGUAUGACAGCAUCCUGAUUGCGCUUAUGCUCAGACAAACGGUUAAUGCAUUCGAUUUUUGAAGAUUGUAGUUGUUUAAAUUACUUUCAAAUAAAAAUACAACAAAAAGUCUAAAUAUUUCAAAAUUAAUACGAGAAUUGCAAAAUUGAAAGACAAUUGUUCCAAGAACAUUUCAUCGUGUGAACCAUAGUAUUUAAACAACAACAAUCGCAUUCGAAAGCCUUUGUAAUGUGAUGUGAUUACCAAAUAUGGCGUUUGGGCAUAAUGCGCGGGCGUUGACUGUCAGUUGUUUGUAUGCAAAAUAAUACCACAGUCUGUGUGUGUAGGGUAUAAGCGAAGUAGGUAGUUGAAAAGUAUUUAGUUUAAAGAACAAAAUUAUUGAAAAUAACUGGGCGAUACACCAUUGAGAACUAAAUAGCAAAUAAACUAUGUAAAACCAAGAAGCUAAAGAUAAAGAGGAAUUAUAAAGCAAAAAAAAAAAAUCACUGCAAAAGCUACAACAAUUAAAAGAGUAAUUGAGAAAAAGUAGAGUAGAGUCAAGAAAGCACAAGCUCAAUAAAAGCCUCUAACGGGCAAGAACAAAAAAAGCUCACUUUUAAUUUAACAAUGUACAAAAACAAAUAAUUUCAACCUUUCCAUGUUAAUGUGAUAUAGAAUUGUAUGCGUUUGAAUGCGCUUGCUACUGCUAUUGCGGGAUCAAUUAAGCAACAGGCUCGACAAUGAAGCCACGUAUGUGCGCCAAAAAUAUAUAACGAAAUGAUACAAUGACAUAAGCAAACCGUAUACGAAAUUCAAUUUUUAUCUUUAGGAUACAACAUUACUGAAUGUGAGUUGCAUACACAUGUAUGUAUAGGUGCACUUGAACAAAUUUACGUCGUAAUUGAAGACGAACAUAUGUUGAAAUAAUAAAGAAGUAUAAUAAAGAAGCCAAAGUUAUUAAGCGGAAGCUGACAAUGUUGUCUUGUUUGCAUGGGGUUGGGGGGAUAGGAAGAGGAAGCGAUAAAUAAAUUGCAUUGAGUCAAUAAAAGCAAACUAUAUGAGCCCAAAUUGCACAAUAAUUGAUACCUACUUUCAAUAUUGAAAUAAGAUUUCAUUCCUAUUUUAAAAGUUUAUACAGUUAGUAGAUGGAAAAUUCUUCAAACAUUUUGAAUGUUGAAGCAAAGAGAUAUUGAAACACACAUUUCAGGGUUUAUGCCAAAGUUUAAACAACUCAUUUUAUACAACAACUUUGUUUUUGAGCCUCGCAGCUGAUAUUUAUAUAUAGACCGUUCUAAUCAAGCUACAGAAAUGCUCCGCUGGCCGCCUUGAGCCCCGUUUUAUUGUCCCCAGUGGCAAUUUCGUUACAAUAAAGUACAAAGACCGCUGAUGAGAAAGCGUGGCGGCUUUCGAAAUACACAUUCGGUCUGCCAGUGUGACGGUGUUGCCAACAAUUCGCCAAGCGCUGGUUGGUUCAGUUGGUUAAGAGCAAGAGAAAACAAAAGACUUAAGCAGCGAACCUGAGCUUGUAUGAAACUCUCUGGUAGUAUUUGAGCACAUUUCUGCCGCUCACUGAAUGAGAAAUAUGAACAAGAAUUAUAUAAAAAAUUAAGACAUGUAGAAAAUGACACAUUACAAUUAACGGUGAAAUUGUAUAGUUGCUUUAGUUUCGUUGUUGGUGUGAUACAUAUAGUAGAGUGCAUAUGAUCGCAAAAUAUGCAAGAAAAAUCGCACUUUAAAGUACUGUUAAACAUAGUUUGCCUCUAAGUGAUUUGUUUGCAAUGUUAGCCAAAUAAAAUAUGUAAAACUUUAUAUUUUCAUGUAGUAACGAUUUUAUGGUGAUAUAUGUAUACACAUUCGUACGAGUUUCUCAAACUGUAUUCAUGUGCCGAACACACGUCAAAGUGUAGCCACAUAGUUCACAAUGUUAUUUGAAAAAGUUGUACAUCUGUGCGAAUUCUGAAAUUCUGUGUGAGUGCAUAAAAAGUUCAUAAAAC